ACAUAUCUGUCUCAACUCACAAGCUCAAUACUCCUUUCCAUCAUUAAUUUCCCUAUUUUCGAGAGAAAUUUGCGAAUAAAAUGCAGACAAAAGUAGCCGUUGUUACAGGAGCUAAUAAGGGAAUUGGAUUCGGAAUUGUGCGAGGUCUCUGCAAAAAAUUCGAUGGCGACGUUUAUCUCACUUCUCGAGAUGAAGGGAGAGGUCGAGAGGCUGUCAAAAUGCUGGAAAUUGAAGGAUUGUCCCCCAAGUUUCAUCCCCUCGACGUCACCUGUCCCCAAAGCAGGGCCACAUUCAUCUCCUUCCUUCAAGCGACGUACGGCGGCGUGGACGUCGUCGUCAACAAUGCGGGAAUCAUAAUGAAAAAUUGCUGUUCGGACCAUGCCCCCGAGGCGGAUUCGUGCACUUAUGAGGAGGCCGUGGUCACGUGUCGAACCAACUUUUUCGGCACGAUGGACUUCACGAAUGAAAUUACCCCUCUGCUAAGACGGAACGCCAGAGUGGUCAACAUUUCGAGUUCUUGUGGAUUUCUAAAGAAAAUAAAUGGACAAGCUCCUCAUUCCUUGGAACUGCAGAAACGGUUCGCAGAUCCCAACCUAACCGAAGCCGAGCUGUGUGAUCUGGUCAAUAAUUUCAUCGAAUCAACAAAGACCAACACGCAUUACGCCAACGGAUGGUCGCACAGUGCUUAUGACGUGACCAAAGUGGCGAUCACGUCCUUGACCAGAAUCCACCAGAAGAAAUUCGACACCGAGAGACCAGACGACGACAUCCUGGUAAAUGCUGUCCAUCCCGGAUACGUCGAUACCGACAUGACAAAACACCGGGGACGAUUGACCAUUGACGAAGGUGCCGAUGCCGCCGUUUGGUUGGCCGUGUUGCCCCCAGGGGAUCCCUCCUCUCCGAGAGGGGGUUACAUGUGGUACGACAGGACCAUCGUCGACUGGGUCAAUGGUCCGACCCCGUCGACAAUUUAGGCGAAAAAAUGCGAAAAAUUCGCGUGGUUAUGCACUUUUCAAAUAAAACCAAUGUCAAAUUUUAAUCGGAAAAAAGUAAUAAAUAUGUGACUCUGUUGAAAAAGAA